UAGAAUCUUGGAUCUUCUUUCUUGUAGACCAGCUUUCUAGUGAUGUUAAGAAAUGCUUCUUUCUUCUCCUUCCAGGGUGGGGUGUCCUUUGCAGAGGUGGCUGUGUAUUUCACGCAGGGGGAGUGGAGAUUGCUGAGCCCAUCCCAAAGAACUCUCUAUAAGGAAGUCAUGCUGGAGAAUUUUGUGAACGUGGCCUCUCUGGGGCCUCAGAUUGCCAAGCCUGGCCUCAUCUCCUGGCUGGAAGAGGAGGAGGAGGAGGAGCAGUUUCCCCUGAUCUCUGAUGAAGAGGAGGGAUUGGCAGGAGGCGUAUGGAAGUCAUGGAAUGAAGUGGAAGAACAUCUGGUGACUAACAAAGAAGAAACAUAUUCAGAUGUGAAAGAGAGCGUUGAAUAUAAUGGUGCCCUAAAGAAGCAGAAAAGAAAACAUUCAUCGAAAGAGAGGAAUAAUUCUGACCUUUUACAGCAUAGAGACUUUCGAGUACAAAACAUAUAUAACGGAGUAAACCGUAUGGAAUGCACUGCUACCAGAAAAAAUAAGAAGAAAAUAUAUAAAUUUCUGGAGUGUGGAAAAGGCUUCAAUCGGGAUGGAAAUUUUACUGUCCAUCAAAGAAUUCACACAGGGCCGAAACCUUAUAAAUGCCUGGAGUGUGGAAAAAGCUUCAGUCACAGUGGCGAUCUUACUGUCCAUCAAAGAAUUCACACAGGGGAGAAACCAUAUAAAUGCCUGGAGUGUGGGAAAAGCUUCAGAAAGAGUGGACAUCUUACUGUCCAUGAAAGAAUUCACACAGGGGAGAAACCAUACAAAUGCCUGGAGUGUGGAAAAAACUUCUAUUUGAGUACAAAUCUUACUGUCCAUCAAAGAAUUCACACAGGGGAGAAACCAUUUAAAUGCCUGGAGUGUGGAAAAAGCUUCAGUUGGAGAGCAAGUCUUAUGGUCCAUCAAAGAGUUCACACAGGAGAGAAAGCUUAUAAAUGCCUGGAGUGUGGGAAAAGCUUCAGACAGAGUGGACAUCUUACUGUCCAUCAAAAAAUUCACACAGGGAAGAAACCAUACAAAUGCCUGGAGUGUGGAAAAAGCUUCAAUUGGAGUGGAAGUCUUAUGGUCCAUCAAAGAAUUCACACAGGAGAGAAACCUUAUAAAUGCCUGGAGUGUGGGAAAAGCUUCAGUCACAGUCGCGAUCUUACUGUCCAUCAGCGAAUUCACACAGGGGAGAAACCAUAUAAAUGCCUGGAGUGUGGGAAAAGCUUCAGACAGAGUGGACAUCUUACUCUCCAUCAAAGAAUUCACACAGGGGAGAAACCAUACAAAUGCUUGGAGUGUGGAAAAAAAUUCUCUUUCAGUACAAAUUUUACUGUCCAUCAAAGAAGUCACACAGGGGAGAAACCGUAUAAAUGUCUAGAGUGUGGGAAAGGCUUCAGUCAGAGUGGAUAUCUUGUUGCCCAUCAGAGAAUUCACCUAGUGUAUAAACCAUAUAAAUGCCUGGAUUGUGGAAAAACCUUCCGCCGGAGUGGAGAGCUUACUGCCCACCAAAGAAUUCACACUGGGGAAAAACCAUAUAAGUGCCCAGAGUGUGGGGAAAGCUUCAGAGAGACUAGAAACCUUUCUUCCCAUCAAAGUAUUCACACAGGGGAGAAACCAUAUAAAUGCCUGGAGUGUGGAAAAAGGUUCAAUCAGAAUGGAAAUCUUACUAACAAUCAAAGAAUUCACAAGGGGGAGAAACCAUAUAAAUGCCAGGAGUAUGGAAAAACCUUCAGUCAGAGUGGCGAUCUUAUUGUCCAUCAAAGAAUUCACACAGGGGAGAAACUAUAUAAAUGCUCGGAGUGUGGAAAAAGCUUCAGUCGGAGUGGUGAUCUUACUGUCCAUCAAAAAAUUCACACAGGGGAGAAACCAUAUAAAUGCCUGGAGUGUGGAAAAACCUUCAUUCAGAGUGGAAAUCUUACUGUCCAUCAAAGAAUUCACACAGGGGAGAAACCAUAUAAAUGCCUGGAGUGUGGAAAAAGGUUCAAUCAGAAUGGAAAUCUUACUAACCAUCAAAGAAUUCACACAGGGGAGAAACCAUAUAAAUGGCUGGAGUAUGGAAAAACCUUUAGUCAGAGUGGUGAUCUUAUUGUCCAUCAAAGAAUUCACACAGGGGAGAAACCUUAUAAAUGCUUGGAGUGUGGAAAAUACUUCAGUCGGAGUGGUGAUCUUAUUGUCCAUCAAAGAAUUCACACAGGGGAGAAACCAUAUAAAUGCCUGGAGUAUGGAAAAACCUGGAGUCAGAGUGGCGAUCUUAUUGUCCAUCAAAGAAUUCACACAGGGGUGAAACCAUAUAAAUGCUCGGCGUGUGGGAAAAGCUUCAGUCGGAGUGGUGAUCUUACUGUGCAUCAAAGAAUUCACACGGGAGAGAAACCAUAUAAAUGCCUGGAGUGUGGAAAAAGCUUCCAUCGCAGUGGACAUCUUACUGUCCAUCAAAGAAUUCACACGGGAGAGAAACCAUAUAAAUGCCUGGAGUGUGGAAAAAACUUCUCUCGAGGUGAAACUCUUACUAUCCAUCAAAGAAUUCACACAGGGGAGAAACCAUUUCAAUGCCUGGAGUGUGAAAAAAGCUUCAGUAAAAGUGGAUAUCUUACUAACCAUCAAAGAAUUCACAUGCGAGAAACCAUACAAAUGCCUGGAGUGUGGAAAAAGCUUCAAUCAGAGUAAUAAACUUGCUGUCCAUUAAAGAAUUUACACAGUGGAGAAAACAUAUAAAUGCCUGGAGUGUGGAAGAAGCUUCAGGGAUAGUGGAUACCUUUUUUACCUGUUAGACUAUGGAAUUUCAGUUAUUUAGAGUUUGUCUCCCCCCUUCUGCAAGAAGCACAAGGUUUCUUGGUUCCAAAAGGUUUAUUGGAAGAUUAUGCUCAGGAUACAGGUGUCUACAAUUCAAGGGCUUGAGGCCCUUGGCUGAACGAAAGCUUUGUUGAGAAUGACACAUGAAAACGAAGGUAACAACACUUCAAACACCUAUUUUUAGCCUCCCCCCUUAGUCCUGUCUGUGAAGGCAUGGGAAGACGAGGACGUCAAGGACGUUGGCCGGAACGGGCUAAUAAGGUCUGUGACACUCUGACAAGCAAACUGACACUCAAAGAAUUCACACUUUGUAGAAUCCGUAUAAAUGCCUGGAAUGUGGAAAAAAACUUCAGUCACAUUGGAAGCUUUAGUUUAAGAAUUUAUUCUGGUGGGGUCAUGCUGUAGAAAUGCUUGGAGUUUUGAUGGACAUUUCUUCAAAUAGAUUGGCUUACAAAAUUAGAAUGUAAUGCAACAGUUCAUAGUGAUCUCUACCAUAGUUUCGUUUAAUUACUGCAAAAGUUUCAGAGAUUAAAAGCCAAAUCCUGAGAACCCAC